UAGCAGCUCACGAGAUGCAACGGUCGAGGCCGAAUUGCAGCUUGGAUCGAUGCCAUCAGGAGCGUUCCUCUAGCUGAGCAGGUAGCAGAGCCAUCCCUGCUGCCGCACAGCACCAAUUGCAACCAACUACCCCAGCCAUGACAAUGUCCUGGUUUGCUUUCCUCCUGACCUACAUUGUCGGCGGCAUCACAUUCAUACCCCUCGUCGUCGCUGCCGUCUUGACGCACGCCUACUUGACUUUCCCCAACUGCGACGAUGCCAGCCAGAAGAACGAUGCGGCCGGCGACGGCGACCUGGUCCAGCCUGGCGAUGACGUCGACGGCCUCAAGGCAGCUCAGAAGGACGACACGAAGAGCCCACGAACCAACCACCACGACCCGGACGUAGCCGCUGGCUAUUUCGCCGUCUGCCGCGAGUACACACCUAUGGGCAUCAAUGCUAAGCCGAUAGAGCGGUCCACGCCCGUCGGUUCCGCCACGGUGGCGGCCCCGAGCCCCAGCGUCUAUCAGACCAUGUACCGCAGCAUCUUCGAUCGAAAAACUGGGCCAGGUCCCCUGGACAGCAAAACGAGUGGUAGUCAGCGCCCCAAGAAGGCCGGCAAUGUUUUCUAUGUGGUCCUAAGGCAUGGCCACCUGAUGCUCUUUGACGAUGACGAGCAGCUCGAGGUACGGCAUGUCGUAUCCCUAGCCCAUCACGAUGUCAGCAUAUACUCAGGGGAGGCCAAUACGCCGGAGGGGGAGCUGUUCAUCAAGCGGAACGCCAUCUGCCUUUCGCGGAAGACGGAUGGGGCGGAACUGGGCCCAGACACGCAGCUCUCCAAGCCCUUCUUUCUGUUCUCGGAAAACUGCUCCGCGAAGGAAGAUUUCUAUUUUGCGCUGCUGCGAAACCAGGAGCAGUCAUUUGCUGCGGGAAGCAAGCCGCCGUCGCCUCUCGGCUUUGACGUCAAGAACAUAAUCUCGCUGGUGCAAAAGCUUCACUCGUCUGAGGAUCACAUGCAGACCAGGUGGCUGAAUGCCAUAAUUGGUCGGGUAUUUCUAGGUGUCCACAAGACGAAGGACAUGGAGAACUUCAUUAGAGAAAAGCUCACCAAAAAGAUUUCACGAGUCAAGCGGCCAGCAUUCCUGUCCAACAUCGCAAUCAAGGCGAUCGACACGGGGGAAUCCGCGCCCUACAUUACUAACCCUCGCCUUAGGGAUCUGACAGUCGAGGGAGAAUGCGGAGUCGAGGCUGACGUGCGCUACACUGGCAAUUUCCGUAUCGAAGUUGCUGCUACCGCCCGCAUCGAUCUAGGUUCCCGCUUCAAAGCCCGAGAGGUCAAUCUCGUGCUUGCCGUCGUUGUCCGGAAGCUGGAGGGACACAUGUUGUUCAAAAUCAAGCCUCCCCCCAGCGACCGACUUUGGUUCUCGUUUCAGCAAGCUCCGAAGAUAGAGAUGACUAUCGAGCCCAUCGUCAGCACUCGGCAGAUAACAUAUACUGUCAUUCUUCGUCAAAUCGAGAACAGGAUUAAAGAGGUGAUCACCGAGACGCUUGUGCUGCCAUUUUGGGACGAUAUGCCCUUUUUCAACACUGAGCAAAAGAAAUGGAGAGGUGGCAUAUUCCACGAUGACAAAGUCGACACAUCUGUCGACCAUGAAACGGCUGUUGCACAGGACGGUAACUUGGAUGAGGUAGACCGAUUGGAGGAGAACCAGGCUAUUCAGGAAAGCGAUGUACCGUCAAGGGAAAAGAGCCACAGUGUACCUGUACUCGAAAAGAGAGCGUCGGGUCUUUUCUCGAGACUAUCGACCAAGACCAGACCUGACCAUGCGUCCCUGCAUUCGGCAUCCUCGACGAGUAUCGAUAUAAAAAGCGAGAGAGCCGAGAGCAAGACAGGCACUGUGGUGUCGCCGCCUAUCUUCUCUGGCUCUUUUGUUCAGCCGUCAACUCCCACUGUCGAAACUGAUACCAUCCAUGCUGAUCUUUUUAAACCCUCGUCGUCACCCCCUAAUGAGAGUCCAGCUGCGUCUGCUAUGGCAUCGAUCUCAGCGAAGUCUCUGUCUUCAUCUCCCGCUCAAACCCCUGGCUUAAGUCCCUUCCGACCCUAUAUUACCUCGAAAUCGUCUAGCCAGUCGUCCGCUUCCUCUCGGGAAGCAAUAGAUGCAGACGGCGUAGACCGGACGCCCCAGCCACGACGUAAUACUGCCUCGUCAACUGAAAGCCGGGAAGACAGCGGGGCAAAAUCCCCGACACUUUCUGCGAGGGGCUCUGUUAGGGGCCAUACAGAGUCUCACACUCACAGGAAAGGGCUGUUUGUCCAUCACGAUACCUCGCCGAAUCCUUCCCCAGUGGGCUCCCCAGGUCCCACUGACCUGCAAAAACGGACUGCUCUAGCUGCUGUUACGAAUGCGGCCGCAUCUACCGUCAAGCGAUGGGGUCUCAACGCCCUACAACGGCGGAAUAACGAAGGAGGGUCGAUCAAGAACUCACCGCCCAUUGGAAACGGAUCUCCUGUGGACCUAAACCAGCCUAUGGGGCGCGGGCAGCCGCUUCCGCCCCCUGGGAUGCCUCUACCGAUGCCCAACAAGAAGUCACAGACAGCUCCAGUUCCAGUGCCCAAGCGGAAGCCCGUCCCUCCACCGUCGCCGAAUUAUCAAGACGAGGAAGCGGAUCACAAGGUUGAGCGUCGCCCCGUGCCACACCCACCUCUUCCCAAACGGCGCCAGCUUCGGAGCGAGCAGCCGGACGAGGAUAACAUGCUCGUGGUGGCCGCUCCUGCGGACUCUGAGCCGACAACACCGCUCAGUGCGUCACACAGCCCUUCGUACAUUCAGCCGUGGGUUGAAGACAUGGAGGGCAACGGGUUAGACGCACCGACGGGCGAAGGCGGCGUAACAGCUCUGGGCCUUGUCAACCCAAAGUCGUCGCUGCGUGUUCACAACCCGCAGCAGGAAGAAGAGGACCAGGAAUUCCAGGUGCAAGAACUUUCCGCGGGUGAUGAUGAUGAAUAUUCGGCGUGGAUGGACGGUCUGGAGCCCGAGAGCGAGGAGCCCGAGGGUGAGGAUACUGGUCAACCAAACCAAUGAACGUUUUUAAUGGCAUUUUCUUUUCCUUCGUGGCAUUCAUGCCGCUUUGCGGCGGGUUCUGGCUGGGGCUGGGUGGUGUACAUCUUUUUGCUAGCGAGUAUCAAGUUCAUUCGGCUACUGCUACUCCGGAUCGAGCUGGAUAAUCGUUGUGGGUAAGCGAGCUUCUUAGGUAGGUGGGUGGGUGGGUAUAGUACCUCGGAAUAUCGGUAGAGAGGUCAACUUCCUCUUUUCGCGGAGUUAGCGCGGCGCAUCGUUUUGGUUUUUUGGGUCUGUCAUUUUACGCAUGGUUCACAGUACUAUGCUUGCGACGGAAGAAUUGUUUAAGGGCUGAGGCUCGGGUCUAGAAAUAUAUAUGGCCGAGUCCACUUGACCGUUUUCAGACCUCAUUCUAGGACCCCGGGUCUGGGGUUUCUCGCC